CUUCUUUUAGUCUCUGUGCUGUGCCUGCUGCCCCAGGCGGUGCUGGCCCGGUGGGCGUGUGUUCGGGCCUGUCCGGCGUCCUGCUCCUGCACGCAGGAGAAGAGCUGCAUCGUGCUGUGCGACCGCUCCGGCCUGGCUGAGCUGCCCAAAGAGUUCCCCUGCGAGGCCUCCGCCAUCAACCUGGACAAGAACAAACUCAAGUUCCUGUCGGAGAGGGCGUUCGGCACCCUGCCCUCCCUCAAGUCCCUCUCUCUGGACCACAACAACAUCUCCUUCAUUACCCCCGGAGCCUUCAAGGGCCUCUCCAACUUAGUGGAGCUGAAAAUGGCGCACAAUGAGUACAUCAGUUACCUUCAUACGCGAACGUUCACUGGGCUGAAGAAGCUGGUACGCUUGGACUUGUCAGAUGCUAACCUCUUUAGCAUCCCUGAUCGCAUCUUCAUAGAGCAACCAGCACUGAAGGAGCUGCUCCUCUUUCAAAACAACUUCAGGAGGAUCCCAGGAGCCUUCAGAGGCAUGGAGAACCUGACUGACAUCUACCUGGAGAGGAACAAGAUAGAGGCGGUGGCAUACAACUCCCUACUGGGCCUGGGUAGUCUCAAGUACCUGAACCUCCAGGAGAACCGCAUCAACGUGAUCCAUGACCGGGCUUUCCAGGACCUUGUGCGGCUGGAGAACUUCUACCUCAAUGACAACCUGCUGUGUACUUUGCCCCAGCUCGCCUUCAAGGGCCUCAGCCGCCUCAAGAUGCUCAACCUUGGGGGAAACCAGUUGAUCAAUGUGUCCAAGACCUGGUUCAGUGAUCUGGUAGAGCUGGAGGUCCUGUACCUGGACAGGAACCAGUUGCUAUACAUAGAGGAAGGCACUUUUGAGAACCUGACCAGCCUGAUCACGCUCCACCUGAACAGCAACAACCUCACCACCCUCCCCUUCCCUGUUUUCCAGCCCAUCUACUUCCUGGCCCGCCUCUACCUGUUCAGGAACCCCUGGGAGUGUGACUGCUCCCUCGAGUGGCUGAAGGAGUGGAUGGAAAACUACAAGCUGGUCCGGGACAUCCCCUGUGCCUCACCUUCCUCCGUGGCGGGGCUGGAUCUCAGCAUGGUGGAGUUCGCCAAGAUGAACGGCACAUGCGUGGACCCCGGAGAGCUGAACUUGACCACGGCCUCCUCGGAGAUCGUCUCCACCACGGAGAACCGCUUCAACAGCCUCGUUUCCAAGCUGCUCCAGCAGGAGCUCAGAGAGGAGAUGGGGAACGGAACAGAGAGCCUCCGCAACGGGACCCUGCUGGAUCCUGAAGACGAACUGCUCUCUGCAGGGGUCGGAGGGCAGUGGGCCCAGGCAAGUCAGCCACUUCUCUGCUUCCUUGUAGUGUGGCUCAUUUUUGGUUUCAUUGGCCAGUCAUAUAUUCAUUUCUGUCUUUCUUGCACAUGAGAACUGUGGAAAUGAGGGUUUGCUUUCUGUCCCACAGCAAACAACAAGGAGUAGCUUUUCAAAUUGCUGAGAAGAUAAAAGAUUUUUUCAUUUAUCAUUGAAAGCAUUGGAGAAUACUCUAACUUGCCUGUGGGGUUACUGGUGUGAGUUUGCUCUGCCAAACAUAUCCACAGAAGAAAAGACUGAUGUCCACAUGGCAGCAUUUAUUUUCACAUGAGCUGUUUAUAUACGAUAAUCUAUGACAUUUAUAGAUGAACCACAUAUCUGUUCAACUGGUUCUUAAACAGCUAUGCCAAAGCUGUACGUUCGCAGAGGUGGGUGUUGAUUUCAAACUAUGGAUUACUGUGGCGAUGUGAUGAAAAUGUUUAUGUGAACCUUCAACUUUUGUUGCAUAAUACUCAAAUUAAAUAAAUAUUAUGUAAUAUUCCUAGCAUUACGUAGUCUGUUACUGUUUUUUUGUAUUUUCAAUCACAUCUAUGUGUAAAGUUAAAGGAGAUAAGAGCUCCUGUAGUUAUCUCCUAAACAGAUGUCCUCUCUGCUCGUGUCUGUUCAUUCAACUCCAAAUGUAGGUUCUACAGCUUUUCCAUAAAUGCAUUAAUCUUCUUAGUGCGUGUGGCUCAGUGUUGUUGCUGCUUGUGUAUGGAGGGACGUUGUCAUUGCUUUUGCCUCCUAUGCAUUGACUGUUUUCCCCCUUAUGGACUUGAUCUCUCUCUGUGCAGGAGGUGUGAUUGCCAUAUGGUUAUGGAUGGAAUAGGGACAAAGCGUGUCAGUUCUCUUUGGGAUAAAAAAAGCUUUCUGGCACAUUACAUUGCAACCAAAUGAACUGUUGUUGAUUUACAAUUUACAACAUGUUCUGUGUUUAUAUAUAUAUACACUGAUGUGCUCUGUGUAGCUGAAAAAUGUAAUGAAAUCCCUGUUCUAGCACCAGCCACUGCUUUCUUUUUAACCUGGUGAAUGUAAGUAGUUUGGUCUGACUGCCAGUGAUCCGGUUCAGUGGUGUUAAGUGCUCUGUCACAUGAUAUGAUAUAUGAUAUGAUAUUUUUCUAAAUAAAAACAUUGCUGUUGA